CUUUAGUCUAUUCUGAUUUUUAAUUGACUGCCCAUCAUCAUUGUCGUAGAAUUUAUAUUUUAUUUGGCAAUAUCUUCAAAACAUUAUUGUAGAAUCGUAGGCAUUAUUGACAAUAUACUUACGACUACCUGCAAACGAAGGCUAAAGUUCAUAAAUCGAUAUAAAUGAGAGUAACAAUGAAGUAUUCUUGUGACCGCAAAUGAACAGUGAAGAUCAAAUUAUUAGCCCAUUACUAUUUUUUUUGGAAUAGCAGAUCGUAGCCGCAAUAAUGAAGAGUGCAUUGCCUAAAGAAAAAUCAGGCAAGAUGAGAAUCAGAGCUUUCCCAAUGACUAUGGACGAAAAGUAUGUCGAGAGUAUAUGGAGUUUACUGAAAAAUGCAAUACAGGAGAUUCAAAAGAAAAACAAUUCUGGCUUGUCGUUCGAAGAGCUCUAUCGAAAUGCAUACACCAUGGUCCUGCACAAGCAUGGGGAAAGACUAUACACUGGUCUUAAGGAAGUAGUAACUCAUCACCUUGAGACAAAGGUGAGAGAAGAUGUUCUCCAUUCCCUCCAUAAUGGCUUCCUGCAAACUCUAAACAAUGCAUGGACUGAUCAUCAAACAAGCAUGGUCAUGAUCCGUGAUAUACUGAUGUAUAUGGACAGGGUAUAUGUGCAACAAAAUGAAGUUGAUAAUGUUUACAACCUUGGUCUUAUCAUAUUUAGAGAUCAGGUGGUCAGAUACGGUUGCAUCCGCGACCACCUGCGUCAAACUCUACUGGAGCUGGUGGCGCGCGAGCGACGCGGCGAGGUGGUGGACCGGCUGGCCAUCCGGAACGCGUGCCAGAUGCUCAUGGUGCUCGGCAUCAACUCCCGCGCCGUCUACGAGGAGGACUUCGAGAAGCCCUUCCUGCACCAGUCCGCUGAGUUUUAUAGAAUGGAAUCUCAAAAGUUUCUGGCCGAGAAUAGCGCAGCUGUGUAUAUCGCGCGCGUAGAGGCACGCAUCGGCGAGGAGGCGGAGCGCGCGCGCCACUACCUCGACGAGACCACCGAGCCGCGCGUGGUCUCCGUGCUCGAGCACGAGCUCAUCGAGCGGCACAUGAAGACCAUCGUCGAGAUGGAGAACUCGGGCGUGGUGCACAUGCUGCUGCACACGCGCACGGCGGAGCUGGCGUGCGUGUACAAGCUGCUGUCGCGCGUGCCCGAGGGGCUGCGCACCGUCGCCGACGCCGUGUCCGCGCACCUGCGCGAGCAGGGCCGCGCGCUCGUCACCGACACGCAUCAUAACACCAACGCGAUCGCCUUCGUGCAGAAUCUCCUGGAUCUGAAAGACAGGUUCGACCACUUCCUACAAAACUCGUUCAACAAUGAUAAGAUAUUCAAGCACAUGAUCGCCUCCGACUUUGAAUACUUCCUAAAUCUGAACAACAAAUCGCCAGAAUUUUUGUCCUUGUUCAUUGAUGGAAAACUUAAAAAAGGAGAAAAAGGCAUGAGCGAACAAGAAAUAGAAGCAGUACUAGAUAAGACUAUGGUUUUGUUCCGUUUCCUCCAAGAAAAAGAUGUGUUCGAGCGUUAUUAUAAGCAGCACUUAGCUAAGCGUCUCCUUCUCAACAAGUCCGUGUCUGACGACAGCGAAAAGAAUAUGAUCUCCAAACUGAAGACUGAAUGCGGUUGUCAGUUCACGUCGAAGCUGGAAGGCAUGUUCAAAGACAUGACGGUGUCGAACACAAUCAUGGAGGAAUUCAAGGAACACGUGCUAUCUUCUGGGAGCAACCUGCACGGCGUGGACCUGUCGGUGCGCGUGCUGACGACGGGCUUCUGGCCCACGCAGAGCGCCACGCCCAAGUGCAACAUCCCCACAGCGCCAAGAACCGCCUUCGAAGUCUUCAGAAGUUUCUACCUAGCCAAGCACUCAGGCCGGCAGCUGUCCCUCCAGCCUCAGCUAGGCAGCGCGGACCUGCACGCGACGUUCCGCGCGGCCGGCGGCUCGCCCCCGCGCGCGCCCUCGCCCCCCGCGGCGGCCGCGCACGCGCCGCGCAAACACAUCAUACAGGUGUCCACCUUCCAGAUGUGCGUGCUGCUGCUGUUCAAUAAGCGGGAGCGGUUGACUUAUGAGGAAAUACUCAACGAGACUGAUAUCCCGGAGAAGGACCUGAUCCGCGCUUUGCAGUCGCUAGCCAUGGGCAAGGCCACGCAGCGCGUGCUCAUCAAGCACCCCAAGAACAAGGAGAUCGAGCCCUCGCACCAGUUCUACGUCAACGACGCCUUCACGUCCAAGUUGCACAGAGUAAAGAUCCAGACGGUGGCAGCCAAGGGCGAGUCGGAGCCCGAGCGGCGCGAGACGCGCAACAAGGUGGACGAGGACCGCAAGCACGAGAUCGAGGCCGCCAUCGUGCGCAUCAUGAAGGCGCGCAAGAAGAUGCAGCACACGCUGCUGGUGACGGAGGUGACGGAGCAGCUGCGCGCGCGCUUCCUGCCGUCGCCGGUCGUCAUCAAGAAGCGCAUCGAGGGCCUCAUCGAGCGCGAGUACCUGGCGCGCACGCCCGACGACCGCAAAGUCUACACCUACGUCGCAUAGGCCAUCAAACUCAAGAUAAGUCCUUGAAGGGUGGAUGCCAAGUUAGAAGUGAUAGAGUAACAAAAGUAUUUAAAUUAUUUCAAAAUAAAAAUUAUUAGUUAUUACCA